AUGCCUGAAAUAAACUUCAAUUCCUUGAAGGACAAAGCACUUGAUGUGGAUCCUGAUUUGAGAUUUAUGGCAUUAGAAGACUUUAAGAAAUAUUUAAGUGAACCUACUACGGCAGCUUCUACUAAAAGUAUUGAGAACUUCAUACCAUUAUUAUUUAGGUUAUUAAAGGAUACUAACCCUAAUGUUCAGAGCCAGGCAGUAAAGUCAUUUGCCCCGAUUAUAAGGUUUAUAUCUUCCGAAAGCAUUCUCAAAUUAUUAAAUCAAUUAUAUGACGAAAUAUUGAAAGAAAAUACAGCCGGUCAUAAAGACUAUAAGAAAAUCACAACUUCAAUUCCAAAUAUGACAUUGAGGUCGAUUUUUAAUACGAAUUCGAAGUUUUCUAAUCGACUUUCAAGAAAUAUUGUGGAUUCAUUUAUUCCAAAAUUGAUUAAAAAUGUAAUCACAAUCGAUUCUAUUGAAUUAUUAAUUGAUUUGAUUAAGAAUCUAGGGUUUGUCUUGACGAAUGAAGAAAUUACCAAUCUUUUGCAUACCACGAUGAAUAUAGCGUUUGAAGAAGAAAAUAUUAUUGGUAAAAGGUCCGUUAUUGCAUUUGAUCUUCUAUUGAAUUAUCUCGACAAUACAGAAUCAUCAUGCACAAUUUUGAAUAGUUUAGUCAAACAAAUUUCCUUAAAAUUUGACUCAUUGCCUAGCAGUUCACAUUCAAUCAACUUGAGGUUAUCUUUAUUUUCUGUAAUCUUAAAAUCAGUGCAAAGUUAUGAUGAUUAUGACGGUUCAAUAUUCUAUGGGGCGACAAUCCAGCAUAUUUUUCAGAUUGCUGUCACUUAUAUGAAAGUGGAAGAUUUGGACACGGAAUUGGAUGUUGAAGACUAUGACUUUGAUUUAAUGAUUCAAGAAAAUUUAAUCAGGGAGAUUGCGUUAAAUACGAUAAAUGACUUAAUUAAUGCGUUACCGCUCGAAUUGUUUGAGACUUAUUUGAAUGAUACUGUUAAAUUGAUUCAAACAUUUAUUAGCUAUGAUCCGCUUAAUUUUGACAAUGAUAAUGAUGAUAUUGAUUUUGAUGAAGAUUCAGAGAUCGAAUUCUCGGAUGAUGAGGAUGAUAUUAACAAUAAUGAUGAUUAUGAAAAUGAUUGUUCGUGGAAAUUAAGAAGUAAAUCUGCUAUUUUAACUAGGACCCUUACAAGCAGAUAUCCGACAAUUUUACCAUUAAUCUACUCUGAGCUAAUCCCCUGCAUGACUGAUGCAAUGAAUGAUCGAAAUGAUAUUGUUUCGAACGAUAGUAUUAAAACUUUAAUUACAAUAAUUAAUAGUACAUCUGCGGAUAAUGAAGUUAUCUCGGAUUCUAGAAAAGUAGGGAGAAGUGGUUCUGAUGUGAGCAUGACUCUUGAAAAUAGUCCAAUAAGCCAACUCUUUAGAGAUGUGACGCCUAUUCUAGAGAAUAAGAUUUUCAACAACUUGCUUGUGAGCAAGAAAAUUAUUAGAUUUCCAAUAUUCCUAAAGUUAAUUGAAAGUUUGGUAACUACAAAUCACCAAUUAUCAACACAAUUUUUGGAUGAAAUCUUUAAUGCAAUCAAGAGUUUAAAUUUGAAAACUAGUGGCAACAUGGAAUACUUAAGUUUAUAUAAAACAAUCUUUCUCAAUAAUGAAAUAAGUGAAGUUUCGAAGGAUUUUGUUAAUUAUAUUUUGAGUGACUUGUCUAAGUCAAUUGAUAAUAAAACUUCUUACCACAAUAUCAUUAUGGAAAGUCUUAAUAUAUCUAUAAUAAUAUUUCAAAAUUUCAAAAGAAUUGAUAGAUUGAACUUUUUUGAAUCACAAAUCCAAGAAUUAUUUAAUUCAAUCAUUAAAAUUUGUCACGAUAAACAAUAUUCUAGUGAAUUAAGACAGAAAUCCAUUUCGGCUUUAUCAGAGUUAAAUGUCAAUAUUGAAAUAAAUGAAGAUAAUUUUAUAAAAACUACUGCUAUUUUGAAAGAAAGCUUGAAUUACGAAGUGACAGUUAAGGUAACUAUUGAAAGCUUGAUCAAAAUUUUUAAUAAGAAGUGUAAGAAUUUUUGGAGAUAUUUAAAGGAGAUUGAUUUCGUUAACUUUUUGAUUGCAAAAUCGAUUGCAUUUAUUUCAUCAACUGAUGAUUCGCUAUAUUAUAUAUCAUUGAAGUUGUUAGAUAUAAUUACCAAGAUUCAGCAUAUUGAUAAUUUGGAGGACGAUCAAGCUAAUAAGUUGUUAUCACUUUUAGUAAAUUUUAGCGAAUCUACUAACGACUAUACUCAGCUUUAUUUGUUAUUCAACAUUAUUGGAAGAAUAUUACCAAACUGCCAAAUUGAUGAUAAAUUCCUCCAAGGCAUGAUCAAGAUCAUGAAUGAGAAACUUACAGAUGUUGAUGAUUUUGAUUUAACAAGUUUUGAAUUUUUGAUUCAACAAUUGUCAAGAAAAUUAUGCAAUGAGAAUUUAAGUGAAAUUUUUAUGACCAGUCUUAACUUAAAGUUAUUCAUCAGUGCCAAAACAUUAUCAAUCAUCACUCUUGAGAAUAAUUUGCAAGAUAAAAUAGACGAAGCAGAGGUAGAAUUGAAUCAUUAUAUUAAUAAGAACAUUUCUAUAUCUAAUGAUAAAAUAUUAUUCGAUAUUCAAUUUUUAGGAAGUAUAGGUUCACAAAAAGAAUUGAGACUGAUUACAUUAGCCAGUUUCUUACGGUUAUUGAAAAACCUGAACGAAUCCAUAAGAUUAGCAUCAUCAAGAUCCAUAGGGUUGCUUAUCGUUGAAGACAUAAACAAGGACUUGCCAUUGUUAUUAGAUAACUACGAGAAUAACGACGAUGAAAGAGAUUUGAAUUUAAUAUCGAUGAAGCAAUUAUUAAAGAAUGACAAUUUAAGCAAUUAUAUCCUAUUGCAAAUUUGGGAUAGAAUAUGGAAGACUAUCAGUAAGUACGACGAAAAAGUAAUUAGUAGUACGUCGGAAUUAAGACUAUCUGGUGAUGUAUUAUCUAGAAUGUGCUUACUAAAUAACGAGUACAUUUGCAAACUUAUUGAUAAGAUUGAUUCGGCUUCCAACGAAUCAAUCAUUUAUACAAUAAUUGUCAUCUUGAAGCAAUUAAUGUAUAAACUAGAAAGCAAUAAUGACAUAUUAUCAACAUUGCUCCUCCACAAUUUGAAAUUCUUGACGCUUUCUAAUAUCGAAAUCAAACAAGCCCUUAUUGGGACAUUGCUCACGGGAUUGCAUAAUAAACCCGAGCUUUUGUUGCCUAUCUUACCCAAUAGGGUAUUACCGUUGAUCUACGACGAAUUAAGUGCCAAAGAUGAAUUCAAAAAAAUCAUCCCCAUGGGGCCUUACAAGUAUGUGAUCGAUGAGGGGUUGGAAAUAAGGAAAUUGUGCUAUGAGCUUUUAUACACCGUCAUAUUGUUCGACGACUCUCUCCUCAAAGCGAACAAUAUCAAUAUUUACGACAUCGGACUCAAUAUAGUCAAUAAGGGUUUGACUGAUUCCGAAACCGACAUUGUCAUUUUGUCCUCCAUCAACUUGAUCAAUUUGGUAAACAAGGAUUUUAACUUUUUGAUAUACAACAAUGAAUUGCUUCCAAAGUUAAUUGAUGUGCUCAAGCUCAAUUUGAACAAAAAAUUAAAGUCGAAGGCCAGCACCCAGGAAACAGAGACCUUUGAGGAGAGUUUACGCUCAGUAGUCAAGUUGUCCAAGGUAAUUAAUAACUCGCUACUUAUUAAUAACUACAACAAUAAUGACUGGAACUUGUUCUACACGGAGAUGAAAACAAACUUUAUUCUUACCUUUAACUCCGUAGACAUUUGA